GCUACUGCGAAUGUGUUGACAGCGACAAUGUCUCUCCCAAAGUAUCUGUACAAGAUCACACCACAUUCAUCUGUUGACCCGAGAUUCACCUUCCCCAUACCCAUCCCCUCCAGUCACGAGAUGACCCUCCCUCAGCUCGACCAUGACGAUGGCUUUGUGCACACAUCCUCCGGGCCGCAGGUCCUCGACACCCUCGAGCUCUUCUUCAAGGACGUACCUCAGAUCUGGUUAUUGAGGAUGGACGUUGGUCGGUUGAGUGCGUGGAGGAAGAUUGAAUGGCUACCAGGUAGCGGUCAAUCUUCUACCCAAAACGCACCAAGACACGUUUGCGCACACCUGCACCGUCCUUGGCUCAAAGGUGAAGAGAUCGACAGCUUCAUCUCGGUCGCUCAGGGAAAGGGUGGUUGGGAAGUCGCCUUGUCGGACCGCAAAGUCAAGGAAUGGCUCGUCUAGGUAGGGAGGCCUAUCACGGAUGUCACAGAUCUAUGAUCUAUGAGGGCAGAGGGACCAUACUGUCCGUCAGGCAGCGGGCUUACUCUGCGCCUGAUCAUGCAUGCCCGAUGCUAUUUCUG